UAUAUUGAUUUAAUAUUAAAAAAAUUGGUUAAUUAUGUUAAAAAAUUUGGGAACAAGUGAAACAAAGAAGAAAGAAGCGGCAAAAGCAGUCAUCCUGUUCCGGUUGAAGCUUUAGUGAUCGCUCACAGUAGUACCAUGGAUUACUUGAAAACGGUGGUUCCUUCGCAACUCGUCGCUGAACGAGGCGCCAAUUUAGUUGUAAUCAAUCCUGGUUCCGCCAAUAUACGGAUCGGCCUUGCUCAACAGGACUCUCCCUUUAACAUUCCUCACUGCAUUGCACGCCGCACUAGCCAAAGCCCUAAACGAAAUGUCAAAGAUCAGAUGCUUAAUUCUCAGGUUACCACGCCACAGUAUGUGGAGAGGGAGAAGGCCUACGAUGUUAUUGCGUCAUUGUUGAAGAUACCGUUUAUUGAUGAGGAGGUUGCUAAUAAUUCAUAUCCGCGGAAGAUGGGUCGUGUUGAUGGAUAUAAUCCGCAAAAUAGUCGGAAGGAUUCACCCUUCAGUUGGACAAAUGUAUAUGAAGAGGAAUCUACGGCAUCCAUGGAACAAGAAAGUUUAUCAUUAAUGAAUAAAGACAUGACUAAUGAGUCAAUGGAUGAGCAUGAAUGUACUAAUAAUAAAGAGUUCAAUUUGAAUAAGCAUAAGCUCAGAGAGUUCAUUUGUGGUGAGGAAGCUCUCAAAAUAUCUCCCACAGAGCCAUAUUGCUUGCACCGUCCUGUUCGUAGAGGUCACUUAAAUGUCUCACAACAUUAUCCGCUGCAGCAGGUACUUGAAGACAUGAUUGCUAUUUGGGACUGGAUUUUGAUAGAUAAAUUGCAUAUACCACACUCAGAAAGAAAUUUGUAUUCUGCUAUUCUGGUCAUGCCUGAAACAUUUGAUAAUCGAGAAAUAAAAGAAAUGCUAUCUAUUGUGUUGCGAGAUUUGUGUUUUAGCACAGCAGUGGUACACCAGGAAGGUCUUGCUGCAGUGUUUGGAAAUGGAUUGUCGACAGCAUGUGUUGUAACUAUGGGUGCUCAGGUGACAUCAGUUAUUUGUGUUGAGGAUGGAGUGGCUCUACCUAAUACAGAAAAGACUUUACCUUUUGGUGGUGAGGAUAUAUCAAGAUGUCUUCUCUGGACUCAGAGGCACCAUCACACCUGGCCGCAAAUUCGUACUGACAUUUUGACAAAGCCUAUGGAUCUUUUAAUGCUUAAUAAACUGAAGGAGUCCUAUUGUGAGAUUAAAGAGGGGGAAGUUGAUGCUGUUGCUGUGGUUCAUUCAUAUGAGGAUGGCAUGCCUGCUGGAUCUCAUAAGACAAGGCUAACUGCUUUAAAUGUUCCUCCUAUGGGUUUGUUCUACCCAAAGCUUUUGGUUCCUGAUGCGUACCCUCCACCACCUCGUUCAUGGUUUAAUGACUAUGAGGAUAUGCUAGAAGAUACAUGGCAGACAGAAUUUCCCAGAAGAUCUGACAUGUCAGAUGGCUUAUUUGGUGGCAUUAAUGUCGGUCUAUCAAUGUGGGAGACCUACCCAGUUUUAGCAACUAAGCCAAAGAGGGAGGAGAAGAUUGGCCUUGCUGAUGCUGUAACAAGUAGCAUUCUUUCAACCGGUCGUAUAGACCUCCAAAGAAAAUUGUUUUGUAGCAUACAAUUGAUUGGUGGUGUAGCUUUGACGCGUGGUCUCAUUCCUGCUGUGGAGGAGAGAGUUUUACAUGCAAUUCCCUCAAACGAAGCCAUUGAUAUGGUCGAGGUGUUGCAGUCAAGAACAAAUCCUACUUAUGUGUCUUGGAAAGGCGGAGCUAUUCUUGGAGUUCUUGACUUCGGUAGGGAUGCCUGGAUUCAUCGUGAGGAUUGGAUUCGUAAUGGGAUUCACGUUGGAAGUGGUAGAAAGUACAAAGACUCCUAUUUUCUUCAAGCACAAGCAAUGUGUUACAUAAAUUCCUGAAAGUUAAACUUAAUAAUUCUGAGGGACUGAAUUGACUGCUAAUACCAUGCUUCAGGAGUCGGCAUGUUGAUUUCUUAUUUUAGAUUUGUACAGCUGACAAACUGCAGGUUCCUCGUGUGCACUCAAGGAUUUCUGGCAAAUGUUGUUGACUUCUUGUAAAGUAGGAAAUUCUGGAACAUAGCUUGUCCAAAUUCCAUAAUGCUGUCAAUGAGAUCUAAGAAGGUUUCACAUCUUCCUUUUUAGGUAUAAGCGUGUUUCGUGGUUGAGUACUGCAGUUGAAUAAACAGUGACUCCAUUUAUUAACAAUUACAAUAGCAUUUGCUUUUGAACCAUCUCUGAUGUGUAUAUAUAGUCCAAUUAAGUUUUUCUAUUACGUUAUUAAUGUUGCGUUUAUGCUAUUAUAACUGGUAAGCUUGGAUGUGACUAAGGUGGAUCAUCAUCCUUUCUAGUUAGCCCAGGAAAUUUUGUAUUUUUAUUUUUUUUGUGAAUAUCCUAAAUUAAAACCAGAAAAAUUGGUGGAUAACAUCGAUAAUGCUGAAGUUCUUUCCACAGUUUGAAAUUCGUACAGGCCGUAUUGAAAAAUAAUAAAAUAAAAGCAAAUUACAAAAGGUUAUGGAUGUACACUGCACAAACGGAGACAGCAUCCCACAUCGGAGAGACGUUGAAAGAGAAUAGAAACAGCUUUCUAUAAAGUUUUCAUUUUAAUAACUCGCAUCCUUAAAAGGGUCGGUUGGCUAAGUAUGCCACACUCGCCCUAGUCUGGUGAGUGCCGUAUGGCUAUCAAGACAUAUGGCUGACAUAAUUUGUGGAAACUGAAAGGGUUGGCUCGCUUGGCCGACCCUUCA